AUUUCCAAAAGUUAAACCGCAUGCAAUUACUUGAAUGGGCCGGGACGAUUCCCAUACCAUACCAAGCCCAUCUCCACCACAAAUCUUCACUGCGAUCCGACCCACCCGAAUCACAACUGCUCAUCAACAACCACUGUAAUCACAAUUAUACUUACACCUAUACACACAGAUCGCACGAACGAACAAGCAAAUCGAACAUUAUUUCGAUCACAAGUCUGAAGAAAUGGUGUUAGUUUCAGCUGUAAAGGAUUAUAUUAACCGAAUGCUACAAGAUAUCUCUGGAAUGAAAGUUCUCAUCCUCGAUUCUGACACGGUUAGUAUCGUAAGUGUAGUGUAUUCUCAGUCGGAGCUUUUACAGAAAGAGGUAUUUUUGGUAGAGCUAGUAGAUUCUAUAGCCAAGUCAAUAGAACCGAUGUCACAUCUUAAAGCAAUUUACUUCGUCCGGCCUACAUCGAGGAAUAUUCAACAUAUAAAGAGACAGCUGGCUAAUCCUCGAUUUGGAGAGUAUCAUCUUUUCUUUUCCAACAUGUUGAAUAAUACCCAGUUACACAUUCUAGCUGAUUCUGAUGAACAUGAAGCUGUCCAUCAAGUUCAGGAAUUCUAUGCUGACUUUGUUGCAGGUGACCCUUACCAUUUCACUCUAAACAUUCCAGCAAACCACAUGUAUAUGCUUCCGGCAGUGGUCGAUCAUUCAAAUUUGCAGCACUUUUGUGAUCGGGUGGUUGAUGGGCUUGCUGCUAUAUGCUUGGCAUUAAAACGAAGACCUGUUAUUCGAUACUCAAGGACAUCUGAUGUUGCAAAAAGGAUUGCUCAGGAAGCAGGGAAGCUGAUGUACCAGCAGGAAAGUGGUCUAUUCGAUUUCAGACGCACAGAAAUUUCCCCAAUGUUGCUAGUUAUAGAUAGACGAGACGACCCCGUCACUCCACUACUGAAUCAGUGGACCUACCAGGCAAUGGUUCACGAGUUGGUAGGCAUUCAAGACAAUAAAGUGGAUUUAGGAAAUAUUGGCAAAUUUUCAAAGGAUCAACAGGAAGUUGUAUUGUCAUCUGAACAAGAUACCUUUUUUAAAGCUAAUAUGUAUGAAAAUUUCGGAGAUAUUGGUAUGAGUAUAAAACGGAUGGUGGAUGACUUUCAACAAGUUGCAAAAAGUAACCAGAAUAUUCAGACGAUAGAGGACAUGGCGAAAUUUGUUGACAACUAUCCAGAAUAUAGAAAAAUGCAUGGCAAUGUUUCAAAACACGUAACCUUGGUUACAGAAAUGAGCAAGAUAGUCGAAGAGCGAAAACUCAUGGUGGUUUCACAAACAGAACAAGAAUUGGCUUGCAAUGGUGGCCAAGGAGCAGCUUUUGAGGCAGUGACAAAUCUUUUGAACAAUGAAAGUGUCUCUGAUAUCGACCGUCUACGACUUGUCAUGUUGUAUGCUUUGCGUUACGAGAAGGACAGCCCUGUUCAACUGAUGCAGCUGUUCAACAAACUGGCUUCUCGAUCUCCCAAGUACAAGCCUGGGCUUGUACAGUUCCUAUUAAAGCAAGCUGGUACUGACAAGCGGACUGGGGAUCUUUAUGGAAACCGGGAUCUCUUGAAUAUUGCUCGUAACAUGGCUCGUGGGCUUAAGGGGGUUGAAAAUGUUUACACACAACACCAGCCUCUAUUGUUCCAAAUCAUGGAAAGCAUCACAAAGGGUAGAUUGAGAGAUGUGGACUAUCCUUUUGUUGGAAAUCAUUUCCAGCAGGCCAGGCCGCAGGAGGUUGUGAUUUUCAUUGUUGGUGGAACAACAUUUGAGGAAUCACGUUCAGUUGCUUUACAGAACGCCACCAAUUCUGGGAUUCGCUUCAUACUUGGCGGUUCCAUGGUUCUUAAUUCUAAGAGGUUUCUGAAGGACCUUGAAGAAGCUCAAAGAAUCACUCGAGCGGGGACCAGUGUGAUAUAAACUUCAAAUCCUACCUCACCAUGCUCCUCUUGCCAAGGCAUGUACAUAUGUGCUCAAUGCCAAUUAUAUGGUUUUUUUUAUCAAUCUUUUCCCAUCUAUAAAAUCAUAUAUGCCUGAUGAGAAAGUACUGCUAAGCUCAUGCUUCACUUUCUAAAUUGAGCAUGAGCACGGAUAAAGACUUACAGGGAGCUCAAAACCAUAUUAAUGCUAACUUGAUGUUUUGGAUAAUGCACAAAGAGUAAAUAUGCUUUAGUUACGCGGUCAAGUAUAGUUUUCUUUUGCCAUUCCCAUCAGGAAUCUGGUUGUAUUGAUAUAUCAAAAAGUAAUUUUGUAUGCCUGAUGUAUUUCACACUUGCAAUUAUACCUUCCUGAUAAACAUGCAAAAAUACCACACUGUAAGCAAUCUUCAGAAGUUUCAAGUCUUAUGUCUGUAGAUGGUAACCUCUCCGUGAGAACUCGAAUUUCUGUUGACGAUUGAUGCUGUCUUUUCCCGAAUGUCAUUAUUUGAGUCCUUUGGAUAAUGUUUA